UCGCGCACGCGCGGCUGCGGGCUGGGGGCGGGUUCGGCGCCGGUGACCACAGGCUGCGGGGCGGCAGCGCGGUGUCCGGCGCUCGCUCGUGCGAGGCGGCUGGUUCUCCUUCGGCCGCGCGGCUCGAACGCCACCGCCGCCGCCGGACCCGACAUGGACCUCCCGGUGCUGCUCCCCGCCCCUGCCGCGCGCAGAGGCCAAUAUGGCGGCGGCGAGCCGGGCAAGCUUCGCCGAGGCCCGGGGCCUCCCCUCGGCUCGGGCCCCGCGCGCCGCCGCCUCCUGCUUCUGAGGGGCUCCGAAGAUGGCGGGCCUGGGCCACGGCACGAGGAGGCUCCGGGGCCGAGCCCCCCGCCGGCCGAGGACGGCGGCGACGCCUUCGUGGUGCUGCUGGAGGUGGCGCGCGGCACCGCCACUACCACCGAGGCUCCGGAGCGGCGCGAGGCCGAGCCCGCCCCCGGCUCCGCUGGCCGAGCCGAGCAGGGCCCCAGCGGCCCGGCCGCCGCCCCCGCCGCCGCUGCCACCGCCGCUGCCGCCUCCUCCGGCCCCGGUCCCGCCCUCUCGGGCACCGUCACCAUCAACAACCAGAACCUGCUGGUGCGCUUUGACAACGGGGUCUUCACCCUGGCCCCCGCGCCGCCGCCCGCGUCCGUGCAGUCGCCAAGCUGUCGGCCCGCCCCGGCCGGCCAGGCCAUCGUGGUGAACCCAGCCGAGAAUCCUCGCGGGGUCCCGGGCUCCGGCCCCGGCGCGCCGGGCUACCGCUGUCCCGAGCCGCAGUGCGCGCUGGCCUUCGCCAAAAAGCACCAGCUCAAAGUGCACCUGCUGACGCACGGAGGCCUCCAGGGCCGGCGGCCUUUUAAGUGCCCGCUGGAGGGCUGCGGCUGGGCCUUCACCACCUCCUACAAGCUCAAGCGGCACCUGCAGUCGCACGACAAGCUUCGGCCGUUCAGCUGCCCGGUGAGCGGCUGCGGCAAGAAAUUCACCACGAUCUACAACCUCAAGGCGCACAUGAAAGGCCACGAGCAGGAGAGCUUGUUCAAGUGCGAGGUGUGCUCCGAGCGCUUCCCCACGCACGCCAAGCUCAGCUCUCACCAGCGCAGCCACUUCGAGCCCGAGCGCCCUUACAAGUGUGAUUUUCCCGGCUGUGAGAAGACGUUCAUCACCGUGAGCGCCCUGUUCUCCCAUAACCGAGCUCACUUUCGGGAGCAGGAGCUCUUCUCUUGCUCCUUUCCUGGAUGCAGCAAACAGUACGACAAAGCCUGUCGGCUGAAAAUCCACCUGCGGAGCCACACAGGUGAGAGGCCUUUUGUGUGUGACUCUGACAGUUGUGGCUGGACAUUCACCAGUAUGUCCAAACUUCUGCGGCACAAAAGGAAACAUGACGACGACCGCAGGUUCACCUGCCCCGUGGAAGGCUGUGGCAAGUCGUUCACACGAGCGGAGCACUUGAAGGGCCACAGCGUGACCCACCUGGGCACAAAGCCCUUCGCCUGCCCUGUGGAAGGGUGUUGUGCUAGGUUCUCUGCUCGCAGCAGUCUGUACAUUCACUCGAAGAAGCACCUGCAGGACGUGGCUGCUCCGAAAAACCGCUGCCCAGUCUCCAGCUGCAACCGACUCUUCACCUCCAAGCACAGUUUGAAGGCGCAUGUGGUCAGACAGCACAGCCGGCGCCAAGAUCUCUUACCUCAGCUAGACACUCCAAGUUCUCUUACACCCAGCAGUGAACUCAGCAGCCCAGGCCAGAGUGAGCUCACUAACCUAGAUCUGGCAGCGCUCUUCUCGGACGCUCCCAAUGGUGGUGGUUCAGCAGGUGGGUCAGACGAGGUGCUGCGCUCUGGCAUCCUGACCAUCGAUGUCACCUCUGUGGGCUCCUCUCUGGGAGGGACCGUCCCUGCUAAUAACAGCUCCCUGGGGCCCAUCGAUCCUCUGGUCCUCGUGGCCCACAGUGAUGUUUCUCCAAGUCUCGAUAGUCCUCUUGUCCUCGGGACGGCUGCCACAGUCCUCCCGCCAGGCAGCUUCAGCAUGGAUGACGUGCAGACUGUGAGCACCGGAGCACUGGGCUGCCUGGUGGCCCUGCCCAUGAAGAACUUGAGUCAGGACCCCCUGACCCUGACCUCCAGCACUACCUUGGCCGCGCACAUCACCAGAGCAGCCUCUGCAAGCACCUCCCAGGAACAUGGCAGUGCCCCGGAACUGGGGGAGCAGGACUCACCACCUGGCUGCAUGGUGCUGGGGCCUCAUGGAGGCAGCCCUGGGCCCCCAGCAGAGCGUCCUGGUGCCCAGAAGGAAACAGAGCUCCCUGCGGGCCCUGGCAGCCUCCAUUUAGUAUGACGCACUCUGUUCUGUCGCCACUGUGUAGCUCCCACCCCGCCACUGUGGUUGUGGUUGUGGUCAUGGGGAAGCUAUGGACCGACCCUGUCUAUGCAGACGCUCUUCCUGCUUUGCAGAAGGACGGAGCCCUGGGCUGCAGGUCUGGAGAGCGGAGUCUGACCUUGCGUCUGGAACUGACACAUCCUUAAGACCUUGAGCAAAUCACUUAACCUAUCUGAGCCUUAAAUUCUCAUUUAUUUAAAAAAUAAGGGGAUUUGGCUAGAUAAUUUCUAAGGUCCUUUUGAGUUCCGUGAUUGGUGAUAAUGUGUUCCUUUUCUCAAGAAAAUUGGGUCAUUUCGUAAUCUUGAAAUGUUUUGUGUCUGUACUUUUCACAUUAAGGACAAGUCCAACAGAGGAGGCAUUGAUACUAAACUACCUUGAAAGGCUUGAUGGGAACUCACCAUGCCGAGAUUUUUUUUUUUUUAGCAGAAUAAAUGAAACAGGAGCAGUUUGUGACCUUCAUUCUUGGAGGAUCCUCACAGCUCUUCACCUUGGAGGCUGGGGAGUUCAAUAGACUAUAUUUAUAUCAGUGAUAGCAUUUACUAUAAUUUAACUUAAACUUAUUUAAUUAAAGAUCCUGGGAGAGAGUCUUCCCUAGCAUCAGAUGGAAUAAUCACAUGGUUGUGUCUCUUAUUGGCACAAGUUAGAUUGGUUGGCGACGCUGCUGUCUUUGACAGCGCCAAGUCUUAAUUUCUCACAGCUUAGCUCAGUCUCUGGGAGCAGAAUGAGCUGUGGGGGCACCUUGGGCACAGCGCUGUGAAGUGUCUGACAUCUGAGCACAGGGCAGUCUGUCUCUCCGUCUCUGGUGUCGGGCUUGUUGGUGGCAGAGGCUCACUUGCUGGCCAUGCUCAGGUUGCUCCAGCUGUCGCCCAGGGGACAAGUGACUGGGCAGGGUCAGGAGGUGCCACAGAUUGCAGUGAAUUGGGCAGUCAGUCCCACAGGGACUCUCGUGGCUGCCGUACCUACAGGGCCUCACCUGGGUGGCAGCAGAGAAGCCUGCCACAGCUGGAUCCCGACCCCUGUUCAUUUUCUUGUUAGCUGCAUAACUUUGGUCCCCUUGCUUGCCUGAGCACCCGUGGUGUGUAGUGAAAGGGUAUUAGAUAUUGCCAAGAGCUGAUGAGGGCUGCCUUUCGUUUGUUUGUUCUCCCCUUUUUGUAGUGAUAAGAAUUAAAAUUGUCUUAUAAAACAUGUACACAUGUUUAAGUCCUAGUAGAGGACUGUUUGGCUGGCUUUCCUUCGGUAAGUUUGCUCCAGCUGUUUUGACCUAGAAGCCACUGAGGGUGGCACCUACCGCCAGAGCCACCCCUGUGGCGAGCAGGGGAGUCAGGGCAUCCGGGGAAGGCAGGCAUUGGUCUCAGAAAGGGGAGAAGUCUGCCCUGCAGCUAGAGCAGAUUCUGUGAAACAUUUUCAUGGAUGUUAGACUUAGGAAUGCUCCAUGUUGCUUCUCUGGCUAAUAAAAUCAUGUUUACUGCUCCCCUGGCUUUGAUCAGCUAUUGCCAUAGCUGAAUGCAGCAGGUGGUUCUCAAUGUGCCCUUGCCAGAGACUGCAGAAGUGGUUGUAGGUACUCACGGGUGGUCCAGCAGCAGACCUGGGGCUCUGCUCUCUUCCCUUUGCUCCCCUGCCACUACUGCACAGAUCAGGUGACUGACACACUUUUCUUUGGUCUCAGGAAAGUGGGGGCUCAGCAAGAACUAAUUAUCGAGCCAUUCAAAUAGCCAAGGAAACAAAGCAGGAAGGAAUGGAGAGCCAUGCAGGUGAGGCGCGUGCUGCAGGGUGGGACACAGGCUGGGCUGGCUGGCUGCGUGCAGCCCGAGCAGGAAGCAUGGGGGCAGGACAGGUGUUUCUCUGUUCUUUGUUUCAUUUUUAUGUCGCAUAUGUCCUUUUCUGCUCUUUAGGUUUAUCUAAACUUCAGGGGGAAAAAUGUAGUCACAGAAUUCCCAGCAGUGUGUGAUAGGAACAUGUCCCGUUCUUGCCACCCCUCCCCCCGCCCCGAAACCAAAGAAAGCUUUGUGAAAGUUUGGGGAUCAAACACAGGUGUCACUUACCUGGAGGGCUGAUAAGGCAUAGAAGCAAAGCGUGCCAGGUGUCAGGAGAGCAGAGCCCAGGACCUGGUACAGAGGGGCCGCUGGCCCAGCGGGGCAUUGUGCCAACCCUGGAGAUGGGCCUGACCUACUCUCCCCAAGAGACAUGUUCCUGUGUGUCUUGUGUGGUCUUGUGGCCCUCAGUACAGCUUAGGUUGGAAUCAAAAAGUCAACACCAUACUUGAAUUUUCAAAGAACACCUUGUGGACCAAAUAAGAAUAGAGGAGUGGGAGAGGGAUGUGGGCAUGGCCCAGGGCUUCCCUUUCACGUGAACAUGAGCAGGGUGGGGACACAGUGAUAGAGCAACCGGUGAACCUUUGGUCAGGGCAAUGGUGAAUUCUCACAGUAUAUUCUUUUGUGUGUCUCAUUUGUCUUAUAAUUGCUUUAAAUUUACUUUUAAAAUGUCAAAGGAUACGUGGCAUCAGUGAUGCAGUUUUCUAUCUUGUUUCCUAAUAGUAUUAUGGCUUUAUAUUUAAAAUAAAUAAUAACUUUGCUUUCUGUU